CAUAACUUGAAUUAAAUUGACUCAUGAGAGAUUUCAAUCUAGUAAAACGCCCUGACUUACCUACCAAAAAUAUCCAUAAUAUACUCUACAUAGUACUGUACCCGUAUAGAAUUAAAUUAUUCUUGUAAAAAAAAAUUAUUAAAUGCAAAUAUAAUUCUCUUACAAGAAUCUUUCUUCUAGAAAAUUAAAAUAUCUUAUUUGUGGGCUCCCCAAAACUAUCGCCCCAUUAAUAGACUACCACGUACACACUAAAAUAGAACAUUUAAGAAACCUCCCACUAAAUUAAAAAUAAAAAAGAAAGAAAAAUAAAAUCAACGGAAGUUUCUCGAAAGCAAUAACGUAGCUUCUCCUCCUUUCCUUCCUAACCAAUAUCUUCCUAUCUUCUCCCUUUUUUUCCAUUUUCUCUCUCCUCUACUCUCUUUCAGACAUUUUCCAGAUCUUCUUCUUUUUCCUUCACUCUUCUUUUUCACGCCCAAAUCUCGUAUAUUCUUCAAUUAUUCACACCUUUAAUUGAUAAUAUUUACGUAAUUUAUUGAAAAAGGAAACAAAAAUUUAGAUUGUUGUUGAUCUGAAGAGAAGUGGUUUUCCGGCGAUGAUUCCGCCGGCGGGAGAUGAACAUGUCGGCGUCUGCGGCGGUGGAAGUGGAGGAGAUUCUCAACGGUCAAUUCCGACGCCAUUUUUGACGAAAACUUAUCAACUUGUUGAAGAUCCUUCCAUUGAUGACGUCGUUUCAUGGAAUGAUGACGGAUCUAGCUUCGUCGUCUGGAAUCCUACCGUUUUCGCUCGCGAUUUACUUCCUCGCUAUUUCAAGCAUAACAAUUUCUCAUCCUUCGUUCGUCAGCUCAAUACCUACGGAUUUCGAAAAGUAGUUCCAGACCGAUGGGAGUUCUCAAACGAAUCGUUUCGAAGAGGUUCGAAACACCUACUAUGCGACAUCCAACGCCGGAAAACAACGGCGGUGGUAACGGUGGCGCAACGGCAAGUAUCACCGGGACAUUCCGGCGAAGAACAGGUGAUAUCGAAUUCUCCGCCAUUAGGAAUUCCAAGCUCAGUUUAUUGCAACAAUACAAGCACCAACCAUAACAACAACAAUUGUAGCAGUAGUAGCAACAGCAGAGUAGAAUUAAUAGACGAAAAUGAGAGAUUAAGGCGAGAAAAUCUGGAAUUAAACAAGGAAUUAGCAAACAUGAAGACGUUAUGCAACAAUAUAUUUUCAUUGAUGAACAAUUUUGCAACGACUCAAGGGAAUUCUUCAGCGACAAGUAGUAGCACGAAUUGCAUGAAACAGGCGUUGGAUUUGCUGCCACGUAAGGAGUUGGAGGGGGUUAGAAAUUCCCAUGACAGUGACAGACCUAAGAUAUUUGGUGUACCAAUUGGAAUGAAACGAGGGAGAGAAGAAGAAGGUGAUGAAGAUGGUGGGGAAGGGGAGGGUGUGGUGCACGUGCAGGGUGAUAUGAUGGAGACUGAUAUUCAGAUUAAAUGUGAGCCGCUGGAUGAGAAUGGUGUGAUUGAUAAUCAGGAAACUCCUUGGCUUAAACAGUGUCACCGACAUAAUCAGAGGGUUUGUAAUUGAUUAUCGUGGUAUUAAUUAGAGUUAGGGAUUUUGUAUGGGAUUUGCACGUGAUGGAAAUUUGUGUCACGUGAUUUUAUCAAGAAGGUUCUUUGGUUUACUAUUUUGCCCUUGGUUUGUAGAUGGGUGAGACCGUCAGAUAGCUAAAUUUGGUGGUGGGCGGUGGUGAUCUGUUAGGCUUUUAGCUGAAUUUGUAGAAAAAGUUUAAACUUUUUUAUUAAAAAGAAAUAAUGAAAAGUUUAAAUUUAAUUUAUGGCUUUGAUUUUGCUUACUUUACUAUGGACUUAUGGAGUA